AUGGAGAAUAAUGGACAUUCAUCAACGUUUCUUCAGAAUGUCAAUAAAAACAUCAGUAAUCUAACUCUUGUACUGGUAGAUUGCAUUUCAAGCGGAAUUCUACGAUCCUCACGGGAAUCAGUUGGGAAGUAUUCCAGCCCAUCCGAGACACUAGUGAAUCAUAAAGUACCUCAGGAUAAUGGCAAUAAAGGAUAUGGAUCUACCCUCAUUUCCAUUUUCUCUUUAACAAAUAUUCUGAAAUCAGAUGAGCAAGACGCUAAACAGAAUAGUCACCUACCUUCAAUUCUGGCAAUACCACAGAUGAUAUAA